UAAGUAACAGGCUGAAAUUGUUGUAGUGAGUUUGCUAUCAGCUCUCUCAGUAUAUUGUUUCCUUACUGUUUUACAUUAGAGUUCUGAAUGGUUUGGAACUACUAUAGUGUGUUGUACAAUUUCUACUUUCCUUAUGUAGAAACUGCAAUGGCUUUUUUUUUUGUUAGUGCAUCAGCAUUAAGUAAAAGAAAGGAGUUUUAAAAACAUAACAUUGCAGUUGACACAACUCAGAAGGCAUUUCUACUGCUUCUAGAGCCUUACAUCACUCAACAAAACUAGAAUCAUGACACUACUGGAUAUGAACUGCUGGCUUCUGGAGUAACAGUGAAUGAUGAAGUUAUAAAGGUUUUUAAUGACAUGAAAGUAAGGAAAUCUUCAACCCCAGAAGAGAUUAAAAAAAGAAAGAAAGCAGUUCUUUUCUGCUUAAGUGAUGACAAAAAACAGAUAAUUGUAGAGGAAACAAAGCAGAUAUUAGUUGGUGAUAUUGGUGAUACUGUGGAAGACCCCUACACAGCCUUUGUGAAGUUGUUACCUUUGAAUGAUUGCCGAUAUGCUUUGUAUGAUGCCACAUACGAGACAAAGGAGUCCAAGAAAGAAGACCUGGUAUUUAUAUUCUGGGCUCCGGAAAGUGCACCUUUAAAAAGCAAGAUGAUCUACGCAAGCUCUAAAGAUGCCAUUAAAAAGAAGUUUACAGGUAUUAAACAUGAGUGGCAAGUAAAUGGUUUGGAUGAUAUUAAGGACCGUUCAACACUCGCAGAGAAAUUGGGAGGCAAUGUGGUAGUUUCACUUGAAGGAAAACCCUUAUAGAAAGACAGACAAGUGCCAUCUGGAUCUAAGGAGCUUCCAUUUCUGCAGCUCAUUCAAUUGGAAUAGUAUAACUCCUCCUCCCCUCCCCCCCCCCCCCCAUUCACCUUUCUACAGACCUGAAGGAGAUGUCAUUAAAUUAAACUGUCUACCAGUGAUUGCCAUUUGAUUCUUUAAUCCUGGUAGUUUUAUGUAGACCCCAAGGAAUGCUUCAUGUCAUACUCUUAGCCAGAACUGGCGUUGCAUGCAUUCCUUGCAACCUGUACAAUGAAUGUGAUAGUUAAUGUGAAUAGCCUAGCAAAAUAGCAAAGGGUAAGCUAAGUGAAUGCCUUGAAAGCAUCAUACGCUGGUCAGAUGGUAGACUCUAUUCAGUAUACUUACAGUUGCACUUGAUUGCAGUUCCAUGAGGCUCUUGUGCAUUCAUACACCUCACCUGCCUUGAUAAGCCUAUUUUUGUGACAUGGCAGCACACAACACUAUGCAUUUAAAGCACUUUUUUGUAAUAUGUUUGAUUUUUUUCUCCCCCUCCCCCCAAAGAAAUGCCAAUUAAGUUGCUGUAACUGUGUCAUCAAACAAUUGUAGUACCUUGGUUUUCCUUCCUGUUACAUGCAUAUCUUUAUAAAAUGAAGUAGCUGUUCUGAUGCCUUUCGUUUUCCAUUGAAUGUACACUACUGAACAGGAGUAGGAGUUAUGUUUACCAUGUGAGUCUUGCAACACUAAAGUUGUUUUGUAAAACAUCAGUCAUGAUGGCAGUUUCUGUAUAAAAAGAGCCUUAAAUGGAACACUGUUUUUGAGAUCAAAAAAAAAAAAAAAAACAUGGCCACGUUGCAAUAAAACUUGUGGCUUAUUACAGAAUGUUGCCUUGUUUUCAUUGGAAAAUAUAGUUUGAAGUAUGUUUAAAUUAAGCAUAUUUUGAAUAACUUAACUUCUAUGGAAAAUAUUAUAAAGGUAAACAAUCAUUAAUCUCAACUUCAAUAACAGUUUUUCUGCCCUAGUCAUAAUUUAAACAUUGCUUUACAGUAAUUUAACUGUUUUAUUCUGUUGAUUGGAUAAAGGACCUCUUCCCAGUUUAUAACCAUUUAAGUAAAUAAGAUGCCAUUAUUAGGGAGCAUUCAAUCCAUAACUCGUUUGUACCUGAAGUUUACAAUGUAGGAAUUUGUUACCCAUGCAGCGUAUUUCUUUACCUGAAUUCUCCUAAAAUUCUAUAUGCCAGAAAUGUAUGGCUGUAACAUUUGUUUCCAAUCUAAUGUGUAAUGGCAGGAAGAGCUUACCUUCACACAAGUGAGUUACAGGGUUUGAAUAGUUAAAUCUUCAUUGUUUCUACAAAUGCUGCAGGAAAACUGACUCCGUGUAACAAAUAUCCUAAACAAAUGGUUCAACUUGUUAAUUUUUGUGCAAAAAGAACUGGAAAGUGUUUUCCACUACUAACUCUUGCAUCAGGGACAUGGUUUGGCUAAAGGCCAAAUACUGCUCUCCUUAUAGAGAAUUUGAUCUGCUCAGUGUGAGCAAUCCUCCCUUAGCCAGAGCUAUUUAUGGCUAACGCAUGCUUUUGUAUCUUGUCAUCGUUAUCCACAUAUGGCAAAACUGGACAUGAUUUUACUCGUAUGCAUAAAGGAACUCUAUUAGGCAGCCAAUCACAACUGAAAUAUACAUGCUACUAGAAGAAAUACUUUUAUCAUUACCUUAUUUUAAAAAGAGUAGAACUAUGAAGUUUUAAAUGUUGAGUUUUCAGUCCUUAACCCUCUCAAAAGCAGAGCAGUUAAUGGCAAACACCUUUUGUAAACUGAAUGACCUAGCAGUGUUGUCUGGAUCUCUUGUCCUGUACAACUUUAAGACUUUAUUUCAGGCUUCCAGCUGUCCCUAAAAUUUACACAUUUCAUUUUAAUACCUAUUUUAUGAAGGCUAAAUUCUGCUACAGUGCAGUUUAACAAAGCAUGCUGACCACUGACUUGUUAAAUGUGUUAGUUACUUGAGAGUUUUGUAGUACAAAAAACAAAAUUCUUUUACUGAAGUUAAAAAAUAACUGAUAUGCAUGGGAGUUGUCUACAAUGAUCUUCCUUGAUUUCUCAAUCUUUUUCCAAUUAUACACCUUGUGUGCAGAGCCUAGUUAAUAUUAGACUCUAAUGUGUACUUAAUAUAUGGUACUGUAAUGAACUGAGAUUAAAAAUGUAUUUUUAAUCUUCGUUCAUUGCAACACCAUAUACUGUGCCACAAAAUACCUUUAUAUUGUAAACAAAUCAGUUUAUACAAACAACUUCAUUAGACAGCAAAACAAUUUAAAAUUAAGAUGUUAAAUUUUAAUUGAAAUUCCAUUUUAGUCAGGAAUUUAAAUAAGUAUUUGCGUUUAAAUUUACAUUCUCCUCUGCUACUUAAUGUUACUGGUGGUGUGGAUAGUCGUAGAAAGAUGUCUGGCUUCUUCAAAAUGGAAUAUUAGAGGAUUUUUUUUUUUUUAAACUAGCUAAGGUAUAUAAUAGACUCAAAAUCCCAACAAAUACAUAUCGAAUCUAAGUACAAGCUGUGUUUAUAUAAGGUCCAGAGUCCUGAACUAAAACAACUUUUGCAUCAAAGAUGUUCGGUCUGUCUUUAAUCUGUUCUUAAAACAGUAUUGACCGAUGUGAAGUCCAAUUAAGUAAAUACAUAUCCUGCUUUUAAAAACAGUGCUACAGAACCACUGCUGAUUGAAUUCUAAAACAAAUGAAAGACAACUGGCAUCUGUUCCAAACUUUUGUCAGCUGUUGUUUUCUGUCACUGUUCAAAAUGGUGAAGGCCUCAUUGUAAUUUAUAAGUGAAGGAAAAGUCUCAAUCUGAAUAUCUUUUUAUGUAUGUCUUUUGUCUAUAUAACUUUUGAAUAUCUUGGCUUCAGUUAAUUUAUGGAUAAAGGAAUGUUAAAUAAAAGCUUUUGAGAGUA